UCCCCGUGCUGCUGGACUGUCAGGCGCUGUGGAUGCGCAACUUCACUGGAUGGACCACGGGGGAGGACUGCGCCACUGCGGAGGGGCUGCAGUGUGACAGUAACGGGAUGAUCGUGAAGAUGUCAAUGGAAAUGACGUCCCUUUCAGGGGUGCUGCCCUCGUCUAUAGGCAACCUGACGCUUCUGACGCACCUCAACUUCUUUCAGAACAACCUUGACAGUGACAUCCCCACCACCUUUGGCGCUCUCACCAACCUGCAGCAUCUCAAUCUGGGCAUCAACAUGCUCACAGGCCCGCUCCCUCGGUUCCUCGACACCCUCUCACUCCUCACCUUCUUGAAUCUGGGUGACAAUCAGCUCACAGGGACGCUGUCGGCUGGUCUGGGGAACCUGCAGCAGCUGCAGUUCCUAGACCUGUCCAAGAACAACGUAUCUGAAUCCCUUCCAUCCACACUGGGAUCUCUCUCAGCCCUCACAUGGCUUGAUCUUCAGUACAAUGCUUUGGAAAACAGCAUUCCCAGUUCCAUCACCAAUCUAACUGCCCUCACCUACCUCAACCUUGCAAGCAACAAGCUCAAUGGCUCUGUUCCUAUAUUUGACGGCUUCCCUGCGCUUACCUACCUCGGCCUGGGAGGAAACAACUUGCAAGGAACCUUCCCUGUCACUGGGAACCAGGCUCUUCCGCUCAAGAUACUCGACCUCCGGAGCAACAAGCUCGCAGGCAGCAUCCCGCGCUCCAUCUCCUCGCUCUCAUCUCUCGAGCAUCUGCUGCUUUCAGAGAAUGGCUUCAGCGGCUUCAUACCCGACUCAAUCAUGAACCUAGUCAGCCUCGAGUACUUAGGACUCGGUGUGAACCGCCUACAGGGGCCAGUGCCGUCCACCAUGGGGAAUCUUGUCAAGCUGACGGCACUCAACAUGUCAGGCAACCGGAUGGCAGGGAUCCUGCCUGCCACACUCGGCUCCCUUACAAAGCUCACCCUGCUGGACUACGACAGAAAUUUUCUGUCCUGCCCGACCGAUGGAAACUGCGUGGUGCCCCAGUAUCCCACCACCGCUUUUUGCAAGAGCUGCCCGACCUUCUGUGGCCCGUGCUACGGGAAAGGAGCUUCAAGCAUCCACUCAAGUUUGUACAGGAUUUUGGCAGUUUUAUUUGUGGUUAUAUUGUCUAUCCUCAUAGCAUGA